UAAUACAAAAAAAAAAAAAAAAAUAAAAACAACAACAAUUUCCAAUAACCAAAUAUUAAUUAAAAAAAUACCCAAAACACAUAUAGUUCCAAUUAAAAAUUAAAACAAAAAAAUCAAAAUUCCCUGCCAUGACGACGUCACUUAAAUGGAUUUGGUAUUUAUCUUUAACGAUAUUCGUUUGCCUUUACCAACCGGCCAAUGGCAAUCGACCACAAGGAUAUUUUCGCAACAUUUGCUCAUAUCGCAGUACUCAAUUGCCAGUCAGUGAGCCGCGACUACACCUGAAUGCCAUACGAGAACAAAUGCAAAUCAGAGCCACUCUACAGGGACCUGAAAUUGAUGCCUAUAUUUUACCCUCCUAUGAUGAACAUCUGAAUGAGGAGACCAGUGUCAGGGAUCAACGUCUGAAAUAUUUGACGGGAUUUAGUGGCACCGAUGCCUUUGCUGUGGUCACUUUGAGGGGGGCGGCACUGUGGGUGCAAAAUCGUUAUGUCCAACAGGCGGAUGGUGAAUUGGAUUGUGAUUGGGAAAUUUAUCGCAUGAAUGAUACGGUGACCAUUGUUGAUUGGUUGGGUUAUCAUUUGCGACCUGGCCAACGUGUUGGAGCAGAUCCCCAUCUUGUGCCCCACCAUUUGUGGCGUAAAUGGGAAAGUGAGCUGGAAGAUCGUAUGCUGAAAUUGAGAAAUGUCAACAAUAAUCUAAUCGAUUUGGUGUGGAAGGAUCGCCCCGAACCGGAUAUGAUUAAAAUUCAAAUAUUGCAUAAAUCGUAUGCCGGAGAAAAAUGGGAGGAUAAAAUCAAGGAGUUACGUGAAAGAUUACAUCAUUUUAAAUGUGAUGCCAUGAUUGUCACCUCUUUGACGGAGAUUGCAUAUCUGUUGAAUAUACGCGGGCGAGAUUUGCCGUUUACACCAGUUAUAAAGGCAUAUUUGAUUGUCAGUCACCAUGACAUAUUUCUAUACGUCGAUCGUUUUAAGAUGACCUUGGAAGUGUCUGCCCAUUUACAUACGGAUUGUUAUAACUCCUUGUGUGUAAAAUCUAAGGACUACCAACAGGUCUGGAACGAUAUACGCACCUAUGCCCAAAUCUGGAGAAAAGUUCUAAUACCCGCCCCAUGUGUCCAAGAGCCGGGUGCCUCGGAAAUGGUCUACUCUUCGUUUCCGGAGAAAAUCAUUUUCGAACACAUGUCACCCAUAAUUAUGAUGCGUGCCCAAAAGAAUUCCGUCGAACAGGAGGGUAUGCGAAUGGCCCAUAUCAGAGAUGGUGCGGCGAUAUGUGAGGCCAUGAGUAAUUUGGAAACAAGGUUCUAUACCGAACAAUGGACAGAGGAGAAAAUCAAAUAUGAAGUGGAGCGUUCCCGUCUAUCUCAGCAGCAUGCCAAGGGGCUGUCUUUGCGCACCGUGGUUGCCUACGGCGAACACUCUUCGUAUCCAUUCUAUAUUUCCAGCAAUGUAACCGAUAUUGAAGUGACCGAUCAAAGCCUCUUGGUUAUAGAAUCGGGUAGUCAAUAUUAUGACGGUACCACCGAUGUUUCGAGGACCUUUAUUUUCGGUGAACCCACAAAUGAUAUGAAACAAACCUACACCAUGGUGUUGGCGGGAAUUUUACGUUUGUCACAUUUGAAAUUUCCCUCCGAUUUGAAGGUCUCGAAAUUGGAUGCAUUGGUGCGUAGUCCCCUGUGGACCACCAUGAGUGAUUAUCCGGGUGCGACAGGACAUGGUAUUGGAGUGUAUGGGGCGGUGCGAGAACCUCCAAUUUCGGUGGACUAUGGCCAUGAUAGUCAUUUUCAUUUCAAGGAGGGUUAUUUCUUUUCAAGUGAAUCCGGCCACUAUAAAAAUGGAGAAUAUGGUGUGCGCUUGAAGAAUGUACUGGAGGUAAAGAAUACCCAUAAUGUCCAUCCAUCUGGGGCCAAAUAUUUAGCAUUCCAAGAUGUAACCUUAGUGCCUUAUGAGCCACGCUUGAUUGAUGGUACUCUGCUGAGUUCACUGGAGAAACGCUGGCUCAACGAAUACAAUGCCAAAAUUCGCCAAUAUGUGGGCGAAGAACUGAAACGCCAGGGCAACAUGAAAGCCUUCUAUUGGAUGAUGAAUAAGACCCGGCACAUACGUGAAUAUCUACCCGAGGAAGAGUAUCGGGCAGCCACGGGAGCUGGGUCACGUACCCGGGCCUUCUUAACCAUUACAGUGCCGGCCAUAUUAUUAGGACUGACGGUGUUUGGUAGCUUUUUACGUUGGUUGUUAUAAGGGGAGGAGUUAUAUUUUUUAAAUUAUUUUUUUAUUAAUUCCUAAACAAAUAAAAAAAGGAUAUAUCACUUUAAAACGGGACCAAACAAAAUUCUAAAAUUCUGACAAUAUUCCCCAUUAUGAAUAACAAAGUAAUCAAAUUUUGCUGUAACAUAGGAUUUCAUUUGAAAUAAGUUAAGUAUAGCUAGCUGCACAUAUACAUACAUAUGAAUAUGUAGUUAAAAAAAAUUAUUAAAUAUUAUUAAAUUGAUAUGUAAAUUUAUCAUUGUUUAUAUAAAUAGAUUAGUUAUAAAAAAAAG